AUGGAGAGAGUCGAUCUAAAUAAAGUAAAUUGCUCCAUCUGCUGGCUGUAUUUGGAAGUUCUAAUUCAAAGCUCCAAGGAAAGUAGCUCUCAGAUCCGUCAGAAUUAUUCCACUGAAGCAGAAGCCGGCAUCAACCAUCUGGUUAAUCCGCAUCUGUGGGCCUCUUACACCUACCUCUCUUUGGGCUUCUAUUUCGGUUGCGAUGAUGUGGCUUUGGAAGGUGUGGGACAUUUCUUCCGUGAGUUGUCAAAGGAGAAGUAUGAGGGUGCUGAGCGUCUCUUGAAACUGCAAAACCAGCGUGGUGGUCGUGCACUCUUCCAGGAAGUGCAGAAGUCCUCCCAAGAUGAGUGGGGAAGAACCCUUGACGCCAUGGAAGCUGCCCUGGCCGUUGAGAAGAACCUGAAACCUGAGCCAGUCUACUCUGGAUCUGCCUGCCGUGGGUGUUACCCACACAAACCCCCCCCCCACCUCUGUGACUUUCUGGAGAAUCAUUUCCUCGACAAGGAGGUGAAAAUUAUCAAGAAGAUGGGCAACCACUUGACCAAACUCCAUCGGAUGGCUGGUCCCCAGGCAGGGGUGGGUGAAUGUCUCUUCAAGAGGCUCACUCUCAAGCAUGACUAA